UGAUAAUUCAAUUCUAUCCCAGGUCACUUUCCCAUUCAUUCACUCCCCCCAGGAAACCCCCGUAUCACCUCCAAUCCCAAUCAGGCGCUGCGAUAACACAAUUGCAGGGAUUAUACUUGAACCUGUAUAAAUUGCUUCAAUACUGCUGACCUUGCAUUCACCGCCGACGCCUUCCCCUCUCACCCAUUGGACUCCCUUGCGCUUCCCCAUUAGCCACUGCCAACCAUGGCCGAAUCAUCGUCAUCACAGCCUGCUGUUCCGCCUUCAUCGCAACCUCCUCCUCCUCCUCAAACAUCAUCAUCGACUGCAGCUUCCUCCUCUACGCCCGUCCCUCCUCCAUCCAGCCAACCCCCUGUCACCUCACCCGGCACGGUAGUGCCCAAACAAGAACCCGACGUCGCCGAUAGCAACGCCAAUAAGGUCUUGGAUGCUCCAACUGAGCAAGAAGACGUCGACAUGACCAACGCGCCCAGCACCAACGCCAACGCCAACGCCAACCCGACUGCGACCAGCGGCGCUGACGAUGUGGGCAAUCCGGUUCCCGCGCCGACCUCCGUGGACGCACUCGCCGCCGCCGCUGCGCCGUCUAAGAAGGAGACCAGUCUCCGGGAGUUUCUAGGGAAGAUGGAUGAAUAUGCACCUAUUAUCCCCGACGCCGUAACAGCACACUACCUCACGCUGGCGGGCCUCCCACCCCCCGGCAACGGCCCCAACCAGACCCCGCCGCACCUCGCGCGCCUCCUCGCCCUCGCCACCCAGAAGUUCAUCGCCGAUAUCGCGGCGGACUCGUACCAGUACGCUCGCAUCCGCGCGUCCAACAGCUCCUCCGCCAACAACCCGAUGGGCAGUUUGAACGCCGCCUCGGGGUUGGGCAUGCCCGGUGGUGCCGGGGGUGUCGGGUCGACAGGCGCGGCGACGGGGCCGUCGGGUGGAGAGGCAGGCAAGGGGAAGGCGGGCACACAUCUGGGCAUCCAGAGGCCCGGGUUCGGCGGUGGAGGGUCCGGAGGGUCGGGUCAAGGUCGGACGGUGCUCACCAUGGAGGAUUUGGGCAUGGCGGUUGCGGAGUAUGGGGUUAGCGUUAAGAGGGGGGAGUUCUAUCGGUGAACGGGGCUUGAUGAUUGUCGGUUGAAGAUAGGCGUGGAACAGUGGGCUCUUAUACUAAAAGCGGGUUUGGUCGGUGAGCAGAUCUUCCUACGGGGGCUAUGUUUGAUAUGAAGUUCUCUUCCUUCUCUUUUGAGGGGCAAGGCUGGCUGGUUUGCUGAGUUGAUGCCAUGCUUGUUUUUCUCUUCUUGCAGUCCUCCUUGGUCGGGGGACGCUGGGUUGUCUGUUUGAUGGCGUAUGUUGUGGCGUGAGGGGGUGGUGUGUUUCCUGAACGAUAGAUAUCCUGCAUGCUGGGCCUUGGGCCUGCACAAAUCGGAGUAUGGGUGUUUUUUCUGGGGCGGUUUCAAUUCUACAUGUAUAUGCAAUGCCAAAUAAUACCCUUACGAUCGAUCCUCUUUUAGCAGCAGACUUU